AGUAAUAUCAUUUCUCAGCUUUUGUUCAUUUGGGUAUUUCGAUUGGUUCGUCUGUGUCGUCGAGUGUCGGAUAUCAGAAACAUCAACUUUAGUCUGAAUGAGUCCGAGACUGCCAAAGCUACUGGAGACAAGCUUGAAUCAAUCUGGAAUGCUGAAGUGAAUCAAUCCAACGAAAAGGCAUCACUGCUGAGAGCACUUUUUAAAGCAUUUGGAAAAAUUUAUAUCCCAUUAGCCCUAUGGAAAAUUUGUUGGGCUGGAUUCACCUGGGCAGGUUCAUUUUGGCUUCUUCAAUGGAUUUUAAUGUACCAAGAAGCCAGAGAAACGGCCUCGCCAUGGCCUGUUCAUCAUGCAUAUAUACACACUGCUGGUUUAUUUGUCUGCGCGGUUUUUGCAUCGCUCUGUUUCCACCAGCUUACCCUUCAGAAUACCAGAAUUGGCAUUCAGUGCAGAGCUGCUCUUAUGGUAUUAAUUUACCGAAAAUCACUGCGUUUGAGUUAUGUCAAGGGCGGUGUCGGAGAUGUAGUCAAUCUCAUCUCCAACGAGUGCAAUCGUAUUGCAGAAGCAUGUGUCAAUUGGCACUUUUUUUGGUCUGCUGCUUUAGAAUGUGUUGUUUUGCUAGCACUUGCGAUUGUCGAGAUUGGUGUUGCCGCUGUACCCACUCUUGUUUUUGUUUUAGUCGUUCUUCUUCCGCUGCAAUACGCACUUGCUCGAUACUCGUCUACUAUGUCCUAUAGAACAACUGUGCUUGUUACGCAACGAGUUCAUCUCAUGUCUGAAAUUCUUACCGCAAUCAAACUAAUCAAAUUCUAUGCAUGGGAGCGAUACUACCGAAAGAAAGUAACUCAGAUGCGAGAAAUGGAGAUUCUUGAAAUGCGCAAGGCCCUGCUGACCAAAGUUUCUAGCUUUACCGUUGUAUUUAUUGCUCCUGUUGUUUCUACUGCUCUGUGCAUUGUUACUAUGUACAAAACGUCUGGUGUUCCCAAACCACAUGUUGCGUUUACUUUGCUGUCGCUGUUUAAUACACUGCGGUACCCACUCGCUUUUUUGCCCAAUGCUGAAAGAAGCAUUGCAGGUGUGUUUUUAGCUGCUACCAUAUCUCUAAAAAAACUAGAAACCUUUUUUUUACUUCCCGAAGUUGAUUUGCCUGGUACUAUCGAAGCUAGUCAAAAUCCUGACAUACUCAUGACUAUUGAACACGCUGAUUUUACAUGGGACGGUGAUCUAGAUCAUCCUCAUAUUGUAGACCUAUCAUUAACAUUGCGUCGCAGUCAAGUUAUUGGUGUUGUGGGUGAUGUUGGAUCUGGUCGAUCGCUUUUGGCUGCCAUCAUGGGCCAAAUCAAACGUACUCAAGGCACAGUUUCAUCAUAUAAUUCCACGUUUGGAUUCAUUCCACAAGAACCUUGGCUUAUUAAUGCUACUUUAAGAGACAAUAUUCUUUUUGGACUCGAGGUAGAUGAAAAGACGUAUGCUGAUGCGAUUCGGUUCUCUGGCUUGACGGAUGAUUUUCUUCUUUUGUCUAAUGGUGAUGAAACCUUUUUGAGUGAAUUGAAUCUAUCGCCUAGUCAGCGACAGCGUAUUUCACUUGCUCGCUGCAUCUAUCAUAAUCCAAGUAUUGUUCUUAUGGAAGAUUUUUUGAGCGAUUUUGACCAGAAUCAUGCCAAACGUCUUUUUAAAGAGUGCAUUCGUAAUCAGAUAUCGAAAAAUCGGUGUAUUGUAAUGUUUACUCAACAGAAACACUUUUUACCAGAAUGUGACCUGAUCCUUGUGCUCAAGGGAGGUAAAGUUGUUGAGCAAGGAACAUACCUUGACCUUAAAAGCAAAAAUGUCAAUUUUUCUGCCUGGGUUAGUGAUUAUGAUGUGGAUGCAACUAGUCAAAAUACUCUUCGUCAAUUGAUUGAGCGCAAUGCUGGAUCUAUGCAAAACUCACAACUUAACGAGCAAACUAUUUCCAAGCUAAUUGAGCGUAAUCAACUAUCCGUUUUGACGGGUAAUACAUCUCGGCCUCCAGCUAAUUUCUCAAACCAAGAUAUGGUGACACGAACCAUUGAAGCCAAUCAGCUGACUGUGCAUUCUGUGCAUGAUUUUGAUGUUGCUACGCUUGAGCCUGGAAUCUUGAGUGAGACUGCUCAAGGACGAACAUGGUGGCUACCCUAUAAACAGUUUUUGCAAGAAAAAACUGGACUUUCAUUUGGAAUUACGCUUAUCACGGGAUUUUUUAUUGUUCAUGGUGUUCGCUUUUUUAGUGGUAUUGUUCUUUUGCGUGGGUUUGCCUUUUCUCGUUUGAUUUUGCAAAAAAGCGUUGCAUUACAUGAGCGACUCAUUGAGGCAGUCUUACGAGCACCCAUGGCAUUUUACGAUAUUACUCCAUUGGGGCAUAUUCUUUCGUUUUUUGCCAAACACUUAUUUUUGAUUGACGAGUUUCUUCCUGAAACUGCUCUUCAAUUCAUGUCGUUUGCCCCUCUUGUGCUUGGAACAAUUGUUUUAACAGCUAUCGUUGUGCCAUGGUUUUGGGCAACACUGCCAAUUUAUUUUGUUUUGGGCUGGUUUACAAUUCGAACGUGUUUGUCUGUUCAGCGCAAGUUUCAGCUACUGGAAGCAAGCAACAAGUCACCCAUGUUUGCUCAUCUUUCAAUGACACUGGAAGGACUUUUUUCUAUUCGACUCUAUAAUGUACAAGAGCGAUUUGAUUUGUUUAAUCGCACUCUUAUUGAUGCAGAUCAUAAAGCUUUAUAUUCAGUAUUGCUUGUCAGAACGUUGAUGGCGCUCUGUAUUGAUCUUAUCUCGUCGGUAUUCAUUUACAUUACAGCACUCUUUGUUAUUCUGUUCCCUGUAAGUCCAUCCAAAACGGGCCUGGCUAUUUCCAACGCACUUCAACUAUUGAUAUUUGUCCCGUGGUUUAUUAAAAUGACGUUUGAGUUUCAUUCGUCCGUGGGCAGUGUUUCAUCUGUAAUUUAUUUUGGCGAGCAUGUGCCUCGUGAAGAACGAUCGAAACAAACUUGGACUAAACCUGACCCCACAUGGCCCAUGAAUGGCGAGAUUGAAUUUAAAAACAUUACUUUGAGGUAUCAUCGAUAUGGUGUUGCUGUACUUAAAUCCGUUUCGUUCCACAUUCUUCCCAAGGAGAAAAUUGCUAUUGUGGGUCGUUCUGGAUCGGGUAAAACCACAUUGCUCAUGUCGCUACUGCGAAUUGCUGAACCUGCCGAGGGCCAAAUGAUUAUUGACGGAAUAGAUACAUCUAAUCUAAGUUUGUCAGAUUUGCGUAGUCGAAUCGCUGUAAUUCCGCAAGAGCCGGUCAUGCUAACAGGAACGAUCAGAUCGAAUUUGGAUCCUUUUCAACAAUGUACAGACGAAGAGAUUUGGAAAGCUCUUAAAAAUGUUCAUUUAGGUGACAAGAUCCAAGAGAUGCCUGCUAAACUUGACACGCCCAUUAUUGAAAACGGCAAAACAUUCAACUUGUCUGAACGGCAGCUUUUUUGUAUUGCACGGGCAAUUCUCAUCAAAACGUCGAUUGUUGUAUUCGAUGAGCCAACAACUUCUGUUGAUAAGGAGACUGAGCUGCUGCUUCAAUCUGUCAUUCGUGAGAAUUUUUCCGACUGCACAGUCAUUGUUCUUGCAAGUCGGUUUAGGGUCAUUGUUCAAAUGGAUCGAGUGAUGGUUAUGCACCAUGGUAAAGUGGUCGAGUUUGAUACCCCACUGGUGUUGAUGGAUAAUCCCAAGAGCAAAUUCUCAUUAAUGCUGUCACAGACGGGUGAUGUUGACCCAGAAAAAUUAAGAGCACUUGCACAAGCAAAGGCAGAU